AUGACCCUGCCUCACCGCGCGGCGGUGCUGGCCCUGGCGCUGCUGGGGCUGGCCGCCUACGCCAACGCUGCUGCCUGCACAAAUCCAGGCACACUCAAGCUCAACCUCAUGACAUCCUCCGUUCUGGACCACAACUUGGCCAAGUGCCUCAGUUCCAUGACCCUCACCCUUGCAACCGUUGAUACAACCUGCCAGGUGACCCUGACCCCGCUGGCCGACGAAGGCAGCUUUGUGCCCAGCCUGUGGAGCUCCAAUCCAAGCGCCACCUACACUCAGCUGAAGGAGUGCCCCACUGCGGCUGCCACCGCAACGGACGCUGACCAAGCUGUUGCUCUCGUGGCGGCCGUCAACAAGGCCAUCUAUGGUACUACUGUCAACACCGCCGAUGUCACAACUGUCGCCCUGGCCGCUGGCCUUGUCACCCUCACAAAGACCGGUACCAAUGCUGUGGUCAUCACCUAUGCCAUUGUGGAGAGUACGGUUGCGGCCGCCGGCGUUUCAACCUGUGCGGCGUCUGGCGGCACAUUUGCCACCGCCGACAACUGCCGCCUGGACCUCACCACCGAUUGCCCUGCCGGCACCUACGGCGCCCAGAUCAGCGGCAUGAAGGUCUGCGCCAAGUGCCCCGCUGGUACCUACGGCAACGGCAACGGCGAUGGCUGCACCCCCUGCCCAGCCGGCCAGUCCACUGCCGGCCAGGUCGGCCAGUCCAGCUGCGGUAACUGCGCCGCCGGCACCUACGCCCAGGGCGGCAACUCAGACUGCCUCCCUUGCCCCGCCGGCAGCUACUCUGCCGCCACUGCGGGCACCUGCACCGAGUGUUCACUCUUCAAAAGGGCCUUCCUCUAUGCAGGCUGGGCCGUGCUCGGGCUGACCACUGCUGCUGUGGCAAACCUCAAGAGCGGUCUGACCGCCCCAUAUGCGUCGUACAACCCUGCCCUGUUUGGCAGCUGCCUCAUGACGACAGAAGCCUCGACCUUCCUCUCUGUGUUUGUCGACUAUGACUGCUCUGUGGAGAUCCUCCCCAUGACAGAGAAUGCUUGCUCAGAGCCUGGUUCCGCCGCCUACAACUACAACGCGCUGGCCAUCCACGGCUACUACAAGAGCGUAUCGACCAUCGCCACGCUGAUGCCAUCCCAGACCGGGUCGACUGUCGACUCCUACCUCAUGACAUUCACUGGGGAAAACACCAAUGAUCUCACCGCCGUGCUCUGGGCGGCAUCCACCAACCCCGCCACAGCCAACACAAUACUGACAACCGCUCAGACGAAAACCGGCACGUUCACCGUGGAGGGAGGCCAGGUCGCGCUGAAGCCUGCCGUUGCUGACGUCAACUGCCCCGCUGGCUCUGGCCCUGGCACGUAUGCCGCUGACGGUGUGGUUGCUGGUGGCACCUGCACUGCCUGCCCAGCGGGCUACUACCGGUCGGGUGAUGCUAGCCCCGAAAACAACAAGUGCAAGCCGAUCCCAGCAGGCUAUCGCGAGCGCAAGAUCGCCAGUGAUACUGGUGGUGACCCUACCGGCACCCAUGCCAGCCUUGCCAAGUCUGAGAUUGUGCCGUGUGAGAAGGGGACCUACUCUUCGUGGAAUGGUGACCCGUCCAACCCCCUGAGUCCCGUCCCUCGCACCCCCGUCGUUUCCCCUGGCAACGAGGACAACAGCAAGACAUGCAGCCCGUGCACCGGCAAGUCCUACGCGCCCCGCACCGGCAUGCAGAAGUGCCUGGCCUGCAAGGCCGGCACUGUGCCCAUUGAGAGCGCAGCCGGCCUGCUGGGCCCUGACGCGUGCGCCUCUUGCAAGAAUGCCAACGAUGUCAACCACGUUGAUGAUGCUGUUGAUCACCUGAGCGGACUGUCUAGCUAUCGUGAUGCCUAUACCGACCAGAACACCUGCAAGAUCUGCCCCGCGGGCCGUGAGACUGGCCCCAGCAACUAUGCCGCCUGCACCCUGUGCCGCCCUGGAACUGUCAUGCCGCCCUUGGUUGAUGGUGUUUUCACCCAGGCCCUAGACGACACCUGCGCCGAGUGCAAUCCCCACAACUUCCAGUCCCAGGCAGGCAAAUACACAUGCAACCCGUGCGCCGCCGGCAGCGAGGCGCCAGGAAGCGGCAACAUUGCAUGCUCCAAGUGUGCCAAGGGCUGGUACAACCCAUUCUCCGCGACAGCCUGCGUGAUGGCCCCUGCUGGCUCCUACGUCAACACCACCGGCGCCAUCACAUACACUCCCUGCGACGUCGGUCACUUCAGCGAUGAGAAGGGCUCCGAUUGCAAGGCUGGAUACUACACCAAGGCCACCAAGUCGGCCACCUGCGACCUGUGCCCCAAGGGCUCCCAGUGCCCCCUGCUUGCCACCAAGACCCCCACAGCAUGCAAGAUUGGCUACUACAGCAACAAGGAGGGCAACAAGCUGUGCAGCCCUUGCCCCGUGAACUACUACCAGGGCACCGAGGGCAGCACGGAGUGCAUUGCUUGCACCGCCGGCACCAGCACCCGUGGCCUCACCGGCCAGUCCAACUAUGAUGCCUUGGUGCGCUGGUGCAUCGAGCAGCGGCAACUGCCCCCCUUGACGGUGGAGCCGGCUGUGCUAGACGGCGAGCCUGGCGUGCAGCGGCAUGGCUUUGUUGCGGCACGGGACGUGGGGCAGGGCGAAGUGCUGCUUCAAGUCCCGGGCUCCUUGGCAAUCACGGCCGUCGAUGUUGGCAAGGACGCACAGCUGGAGGUUCUGGCGCGGGGGCGCAGCGAGCUGGUCGGGUUGGCGCUGUGGCUCAUGCAGGAGCGGGCCAAGGCCACGCUGACACCCAUCCUCUGGCCCGAUGAGGAGCGGCAGCAGCUGCUGCGCGGCUCGCCCGUGCUCGAGGAGGCCCGCACGCGCGAGCAGGCACUGCGGCAAGAGUGGCAGGACAUUGCAGCCAUUGCAGCACAGACAAGCGGCGGCCCUGAGGCGUACCCGGCAGUGGUGUAUAAUGAGCAGGCAUUCCUAGAGGCCAUGUCGGUUGUGCUGGCCCACGCUGCCUACCUGCCAAAGGCACAGUGUUUUGCGCUGCUGCCGCUGGUGGGCGGCUUGUGCCGCACUGGCAGCAGCUCCGGCGCCCUGUUGGACUAUGACCUGGAGCGUGAGGCGGUGACCGUGGUGGCGCAGCGGACCCCGGGCCAGGAGGUGGCGCUGUACUGCCUGUUCAUGGCGGCGAGCCUGGUGGCUGCCGACCGGCUGUACACCACCAAGCGGGAGAUCCUGGAGGAGCUGGGCCUCGGCGUCAAGGCGGAGUUCCCCAUCUUCGAGGACCGCCUUGCCACGCAGCAGCUGAUCAACUUUGAGCAGGACACCAUCAUCAGCCCGGAGAACGAGUAUGAGAUCCUGCAGCUGCUGAUGGGGGACCUGCGGGACAGGAUCCAGGCCUAUGCCACGGAGUUUGACGACGACAUCAAGGACCUGCAGCGGACGGACCUGACGCCCCGACAGCGCCUGGCGGCGCAGCUGCGGCUGGGCGAGAAGCGCAUCCUGCGCGGCACCAUGGACGGCGUGCGCCGCCGGCUGGCGCCCAUUCGUGGCAUCCCGACCAAGGCGGGCGGCAUGCAAGACCCGAACGCCGACUUUGUGGAGAUCUUCGAGACCCUGGAGUCGCUUCCCAGUGCCCCCAAGAAGCUGCUCGACGGGUUUGGGCGGUGGCUGAGCGGCAAAGACGAUCCAGACUGGAAGCGGUAG